GAAAAUUAAAUGGAAAGCUCAAUAGUCACGUAAAACCGCAGGCUAUCAAUCUCUCAUGGCGCAUUUCAUGGAACUGUAUUUACGCCAAUCUUAUUUUCACAGAUGCAGAAUGUUGCUUUUGGCUAUUGGUCCUGCAGGACUGUUUUUGUGGUUUGAGUUAUUAUGGGUCGUUCAUCAGUUUACAUGGUCAGGGUAAAGCCGGAAGAGCAGCUUCAAAGCAGUAAAUCAGGUUUAGGCAUACCUGGCGGUUGAGGAACGUUGACAGCCUCUACAUUUUCCCCCCAGGCCACCACUCCCUCUGCUGCUCUUAUUUUCACUUCCAAACCUUUGGUCUACCUCCUCUCCUCCUAUUUCAGCCCCUUCCGCUUUUACGCAACUGAUCUUCACUUCUUCAAGAGACUCAGCUUAUUUGUGUCGAGGACGCUAACGUUCUAGGACUGAAGACAAGAUUUUGUAGUUGGACUUUAGGUGAAGGGAGCAUGAUGUGGCCACCCACGUUGACCCUGGAUCUGCUCCUGCUUUUCAGCUUAUUGAUCCACACGCAUGGAGAUCAAACAUCUUACAGACCUCAGAGUUGCACACUUGAAUGCAUCCGUCGGGGAGACCCAAAUUGUGAAUACUGUAGAAUCACAGCAGACGAUGAGCAGGUUUCUACCAUUGUUCCUUUUUCCAGUCCUUUUGGAAGUUGUGUGCCUUGGCCUUGUCACUCCUUUCUAGGGCAGGAAUCUCCAGACGUCUGCCAGCAUUAUGUUCAUGCACCUCACAAUAUUAACAUUGAGUUUGAACACAAUGAAGAACCAACGUAUGAUACGGUUACGGUGUCAUGGAACCCCAGCCAAUACGGAAUUGCGUUCUUGCGUGGAUUUCAAGUAAUGCUACAGGUUCUUGGUGGAUCUCAAGUAUUAUGUCAGCUUUUUCUCCUGGGCAGCAAUUUAUCUCUCACCCCUGCUGAUGCACAGAAGGUUUAUUAUUCGGAUCCCUUCACGCGUCUGUUCUUGGAUAGCGAGUAUGUUGUGACUGUCAUGGCGUUGCCCGUUCCCGAAAAGUGGAACCAGUUCUAUCAGAAGAAACAAUUCUUUACCCACACAUGUCCUGAAAAAAAUGGACUUGAAAAAUGUAAGAAUGACUGGCAUCCCACAUAUGUUGAGGUCCACCAGGAGAAAAGGGAUGUUUAUGUGACCUUUAACCUUGCCCCUGAGAACUUUGGAGUUCAUCAGUAUUUUUCAUCAUGUUUUGGGGGCGGACGACGGAAUUACACGAGCAUUAAACCAGAUUUAUUGCUUAACAAGACACACCACACAUACCGUUUGCCGAAUCUCCAAGCAGGUACAAACUACUCCUGCGAGAUCGCUGCUGAUGUUGUGGAUGCUGUCAGAAAAACAUUUCUGGUUGUAGUGAAGCAUAGCUCUGAAGAGCCGCCGGCUUCACAGUUGACCGACAGGCCUUCAUUGAUGGUGCUGCUGUCUGUAGGAGUCCUGCUGGCUGCAACCGCAGUGCUCGCCUUCACCAUUUUCUACAAGAAAAGAAUAAAAAAGAAAGAAGCCAAAUUAAGACCAGAGAUUGCAGAACAGUACUAUAACAAAAAAACUGAAAGUGAAGGAAAAUGUGUUUUGUUGGACAAAAGCAUGCGCCCCCCUCGCCUCCUGAUCUGCUACUCUAGCAACGAUGGUCCUGCACAUGUCAGGGUUGUGCUGCAGCUGGCUGCUUUUCUGCAAAGGCACAUGGCCACUCAAGUGCAUUUGGACCUGUGGGAGGCCCUGGGCAUUAUGGAGGAGGGCCUUAUGGGUUGGCAUUGCAGGAUAAUGAAGGAGUGUGACUUUGUUCUGGUCAUCUGCUCUCGAGGUCUCCUUCAGAACCAGAUCAACCAGUCCGACGAUGAGGAACCAUUGGAGAACACCACCUUAGCUGUGGUUUCUAUGAUCGGAGAACAGCUGUGCUAUGCCAAAGCUCUGGGUCAUGACCUUUCCAAAUACAUGGUGGCCAUAUUCGAGUACUCGCAAGAGUCUGAUAUCCCAGCAGCGCUGAGUCUGGCUUCAAGAUACACCCUGACUAAAGACUUCCCUUUGCUCUUCUCUCAUCUUCAUGGAGUGGCUUUGCAGAAGCCUGGAGCUUAUCUGCAGGUGGAGAACAUUUCAGAAAGGGGCUAUUACAAACUGCCGACUGGAGCUACACUACAGCUGGCCAUCCAGGAAGCCAAAGCACAGUUCUCUGAAGAGGAGCAUGGAGGAAAUCCAAUCAUUUCAUAAGAAUGGCAAUAAUAGAUGCAAUCAUAACACCGUAAUCCAACACCCCGUCCAUUUAAACGUAUAAUCCAUAUGAUAAGCUGCUUUUCCACAAUCAUGCCGAAUGGUUGUCAGGUAUGGUUCCAGUCAAUUUUUGCGCAUGAGCCUGGUAUGAUUACAAACCUUUCUCAUCUGCAAAUUCUAAUGCUGGUUUGAAAUCACAUGACUACCCUACAACACUAGCACUCUUUAAUUGACUGUGAGAUGUUGUACUUUGACAGCUGAUAUGAUGUCCAUAUUUAGAAAAUAUACUUUUCUGAUAUUAUAUCAUCAAGGAGAAAGUCCAAAUGUGGCAAUAUAAUACCAACUUUACCUCAAUCCUACCUGUGUCAGUUGCGUCGCUUCAUUCCCAUUCAAAAAUUCUCUCCUGUGACCUUAUGGGAUAAUACAGAGAUGUACAAACAAGGGCCAAGGAUGGCCCAUAGUAAGCUUUGAUUUGACCCACCAUCUCAUCUGAAAAGAGAAUGAUGGGGAUCAUUGGGGAGAAUCUCUAUAACAGAGAUAGCCAUUUUAAACUAAAGGGCACCUAGUUUACCCCUUUUCUAAGAAUUAUUUUUAAUAUUAAGGUUUUUCUGAGUGUGCCAGUUUAGGUUCAGUUCAAAACAGAGUUUAGA